UUAUGGAUCUUCUUCCUAUCCCCACCAAAAAAAAAAAAGGAUGAAAAUUCUAUUGAAGAUCGGAGAAGCUAUACAAGCUGCAACAUUCUCUGGAUAAGGUUUUGUCAGCAUUAAGGGCUGUUCGUGGGGAAUAAUUUUAGACAUACAUGUAAUAUCAUGUCACGGCAUAAAACCGUCUUUGUGAGAUCAAGAGCGGCUCAAUGUAUUUGGGGGCUUAAGGCUGUUUUAUCUUUAAAGCCUUCUCAUUGGUCUAAAGCGAAUUCAUAAGAGGCUUUUUUUUUUUUUUUUUCCUAUUUUGUUUUUGAGAUCUUUUCUAUGGUGGGCUUUUUUUAGGUCGGGACUUUAGGCGACCGUUUCAAUCGCCUAAGAAUUGGGCCGGCCCUAUGUAAGAUAUAUUCACGUAUUCUCGUGAACUUGGAAGCCAAAGAUGGUUCUCGGUGGGUUGUUUAACGUGCCCCUAAACUUCUCCGCCUUCCCUUUUACAUGCUGAUGCAGUGAUGCUAAUCAUGUCCUUUUUACCAUUAGCCUACACGCGGAUCAAUCGCGCAGGUUGUUUGAUGUUAAAUAACCUGUUAGAGUAUUGGUUUGGUGUCAAUUAACCUGUUAUAAUCUCAAAAGCCUAUUUUCUUUGGAGGCCGUUGGCCCAGAUCUCGGUUUAUAUUGGUAUUGCUCGCUCCUGAUAUAUAAAACAUCACUGAAAUCUGAGGUGUUGGUUGGUGCGAUAUAAAUAUUGGUCAAUUUUUUUUAUCUUUUUAAAUAGGAUCGCUGGAGAAUAAUUUAUUAAAUUAAAAUUUUUAAUAUAGAUAAUAUUAGAUUGCCAUACCAGCUAAUAUCGAUUGAGAUCUUGAAAAAUUUUGAUUUUUUUAGAUAUUGGCCUAGAUAUUUAUCUUGGUGUCCGUCAUCCAUCGAGAUAACUGGGUAUCCAUUUUUUUUUGUUAACAUCUAAAAAUCUUAUUUUGUUUUUAAAAAUAUUAUUUUGCUCUUUCGCUUUUAAUGUCUAAUUUUUUAUUUUUGAUUUUUCUCCCUUGAACUCUAAAAGCAAAGCUAAUUUGCAUCCAUUUCCUUUUUUUUAACCUUUAAAAAUCUUGGUUUCUUUUUCCCCGCCUGUCUUUCGGCGAGAUCGAACAUUCACGACUCUUACAAACGUCGUCAUCACGAUCUGGAUUUUUUGGAUUCUCGUCUCUCCAAUCCUCGAACCGCUCAGGCGAGUCAUGGCCUAAUGGCUCCAGAUUCAGUUCUCGUCAUUCCUUAAACCCGGAUAGUCUAAAACCCGAGCCAACGUCCAACGCCCCUGAAACCUAAAACCCUCCUUCCACCCGACAAAGGAUCUCUUUCUUGCUCUCUUUAUCACUUCGCAAUCUAUCUCGCGGCAGCUGUGAUCGCUUCUUCGAUGAUCAGAACCACUUUUGAUCUAUAUAUAUAUAUAUAUCCCGCUUCCCACUUCCUCUAAUUCUUCUCAUUUUCUAUUUCCUUUUGUUUUUCACCCAUUCCUUCUUCUGUUUCUUAUUUCAACUCUACUCCCUCUCUCUGAACAGGGCUUCUUCCUCCAAGAAGCAGAUUUGGAGCGGCAGGGCGUGCGUUAGCUCGCCGAGGCUGUCAAGCGUCACCAUGGCUCCCAAAGCUUGUGCCAUAAAAGCUCCUGGUUUUGGUGAAAACAGAACAAGAAAUCUGGGGGAUCUUGCCAUACUUACAGGAGGAGAGGUUAUUCCUGAAGAUCUUGGCCUGAACCUUGAGAAAGUCCAAUUAGAGAUGUUUGGUGCUGCUACAAAGGUCACUGCCUCUCUUGAUGAUACUGUUGUUCAACAUGGUGAGGGCGGCAAGAAGCUAAGCUUGGGAAAAGUACAGCCAUUUUUGACAAGGAGAAAGCACAAGAACAGUUGUCCAAACUAUCUGGAGGUGUUGCUGUUCUUAAGAUUGGUGGAGCUGGGUGAGGCUGAAGUUUGCAAGGAAAAAGAUAGAGUUACAGAUGCCCUGAAUGCUGCAAGACCUGCUGCGGAAGAGGGUAUUGUGCUAGGUGGUUGAGCUGUCCUCUUAUAUGCUAUGAGGGAUAAUAGUGAUGAGAAAAUAGGAGUUCAAAUAAUCAUAAAUGCUCCGAAAGAUUUUAAUUUUUCAUUAUUCUACAACCAGAAUGUUGUCCUGUAAAUGUAGGUUUCAUGCAGGCACCUACAUUCACUAUUGCUACAAAUGUUCAUGUUGACAGUGCAGUAAUUAUUGGCAAACUACAUGAACAAAAGAAUCUUAAUUUGGGCUACGAUGCUGCCAAAGGUUUGUUCAUGUAGAUUGUUGAUUCUUCUUGGCCUUAUGUUUUGGGUUUAUAAUUGUGAAAGAUUAGCAAGAUUAUAAGGACUUCUGUAGCCUUCUUCUGGUUUUCGCCCUGGUUUGGCUGGAGCUCUGGUCUUUGGUGGCACAACAUUUGAAAUAUUCAGUUAAUAGGCUGUUGUUCCUUGGGGAUUCCAAAACCAAGACACACUGAUGAGGUGACAGACAUGUCAUGAAUCAUGACCGGCUAAACUAUGUGCUGUGCUUUUAUGUAUAUGUGCAUGUGUAUGCAUGCUGUGUGUGUGUGUGCGUGCCUGCACUUGCACAAAUGUGUGCUUGUGUGGAUGUUGUUUGUGGAUUCAUGACCAUAUAAGAAAAUAAACCAUUUCAUACUGGUGUGUUUGCCCUGGAUCUUUAUUUCAGUAGCUAAUGCUAGAAGUUUGUAUUUUACAUGAUAAAAAAUUGGCUUUUGAGUAGUGGGUACCUUAUUAAGGAAUGUUUAUUGGGUAACCUUUUUUGUUCUUAUAGAUUUCAGUGGGAUAUUUUGCAAGGUUUGUGAUUUUUUUUUUCCAGUUUUGAUUGGAGGUUUGUGUUUCAAGGGGCUGUCUGAUUAGUAAAAUGGUUGUGAACUUAACUAUCAAAACAUGUUAUGCCUGCACUCUGCAGAUAGACAUGCCUCUAAACAUGUGCACUACUCUAUCAAAAUGUUCAAUAGGCAAGAAAUAUGUAUUAGACCAGAAAACUGUAAGAAUAAAGUAAAACCUGUAAGGAAUAGUACAGUUGUAGAUACUAAGGUAUCAAAUAAUUAGGCCUUGUUAUGAGCUGAUACAAUUGGGACAUGAUACACAACCCCCUUAAUAUGAAUACUCUUCUUUAGUGCGGUUUAUAUUGUAUGAAAAUGAUACUAAAUAUCUUAUGUCUAAUAAAAUGGUGGAAGAAUUGAUUGAUGUGUUUGGUGAUGUGCAAUAAAAGUUAAGAUGGGUGAAUAGCACCUGACUGACAUUUGGCUUGAAAGUGAAACGAGGUAGGUUUUGCAAGUAUACUUGGAUGCAGAUCUUGAGAAAGUAACUUUAAAACACUUAAGAGUGAAGUGGCCUGAGAUCAAAAUGCACAGGAAUUCAUGAGAAUAAGUUUGGCAUGAGAAUAAGUUUAGAUAAAAUGGGACAAUCUUUGUUUGGUUAAAGUAGUUUUAGAUAACUGUUGGCAUGCGGAAACUGUUAAAAUUUCCAUUUUAAACUGAUAUGCUAAACAAAUCAAGGGUUCCUUUGGAAGUUAGUAGAUGGUGAUGGUUAGGUUCUUUAAUCAAUUAGUACAUGGUGAUGGUUACACAAGUACUGUUCAUUGAACAGCCAGUUCUUUGUUUUCCUGAUAAUGGAAACAUGGCAUUGUGUUGUUAAUCUGAUACUCUUUCUUCUUGUAAACUCUGUUUCAUACUGUUAAAUGUCAGGGAAUCUAGUAAAAACUUGUGUUCCUUGGGUGCUGCUACAUGUACGUAUGUUGACAUGGUGAAGGCUGGAAUUAUUGAUCCUCUAAGAAGUCAUAAACUGCUCUGGUAGGUGCUGGCAGUGUCUCAGUAUUGUCGACAACCACUGAAGCAGCCGUCGUUGAGCUUGAGGUAAAAAGCCCACCAAUAAGUCGCAUGCCCAAAAUGGAAUGACAAAUGAAACAUAACUGAAUUGCUGGAUUUUAUGGAAGAGGCUAGUCAAUGGAGUCUACUUUUAGCAGUGAAGUUGUUCUUUGGUCUGUUUACAUGGAUGAGAGUUUUGCAUCUUUAUAGAGUUCAUAAACUAGUGGUUAUUCUGUCAUGAUGGCACAAUAUAUCAUAGUUGUCCUCGUUACUAUGCUGUUUAUUAACAAAUUUUGAUAAACAAAUGUGGGCUUUUAGUGCUGGUCUUAUGAUCGUGUGCAACAAACAUUGAUAUCGUGUUGACCUUAUAUUUGAACAAAGUCUUAUACUCGCUUGCCAAUCUAGCAGUGUUUAACAAGGGUUUUCUAGUUGUUGAAGAAAUUAUGCAGGAUGCUAUAACUUUUAGUUUUAUUCAUCAUCAGUUGGCUUUUUAGUGCCCAGUUACCUCAUAACAUAAUACUCAUGAUGUAGUAGUCACUGGAUAAGUAGAUCAUAAUAUUAUUGACCUAUUGUACUAGUGCUUGACAUGUGCUAUGUGCUCCACCCACCCUUGAGGAAGUAGUAUAUUAUUGAUGGCUGUGAUUCUAUCAUUGCGAUUGGGAUUAGUUUUUCUUACUGUGUUGUUAUUUUUUGUUAAUGUAGACAAUAUGAUUCUUAAAUUUGCAUGCUUAGUUGAUGCAUUUCCGUCUCUCUAAUGACUGGAUAGAGAUAUCAAAAAAGAAUUUUACAUAUAAAGAAGAGAAAACUGUAUUUAUAAAUGUGUGCCUCAAGGCUUCACAUAAAAAUAUGUACGUAAUUUAGAUGGAAUUUAUGCUAUUUAUAACUAAAAGUAAUAAGGGAGAAACUAUGAUGGUAUGAUCAACUUCUAAUUGAGCAUGGAAAGGCCGAUUUCAUAUUUCAAAUCCAUAACCUCUAGGUUAGAAUGGAGUAACUUUACUGUUGCAUUAAUAUUUGCUUUUAUAUAGCAGAUUUUCUCCUUCAAAAUUGAUAGAUGCAAUUACUUUUCCCUAUAGUCAUGCAACUGCAAAUAAAAAGGCAAG